AUGGAAAAUCAAACAUAUUUUUACUUCAUGUUGUUUGAAAGGCUUGGACAUAUGCGAUAUGCUUCGUUCAGUUUGGGGUUUGUUUUAUACUGUGUCAUUAUAUUCCUUAAUGCACUUAUUAUUCUUGCAGUAUGUCUGGAAAGGACGUUGCACCAGCCCAUGUACAUUCUGAUUUCAUGUUUGUCCAUUAACUCUGUGUAUGGUACAGCUGCCUUUUUUCCCAGGGUACUGACAGACUUGCUGUCUAAUACAAACAUAAUUUCCUUUAACGCGUGUCUCUUGCAGACUUUUGUUAUUUUCUCAUAUACAGCAAAUGAGUUUGCAAUAUUAAUGCUAAUGGCAUUUGACAGAUUUGUGGCAAUCAGCAAACCUUUAGAAUAUCAUAACAUAAUAACUUUGAGGGUUCUUACAGCUUUAAUCGUCAUACACUGCACUUUUCCAAUGUUUUGUCUUAGUAUCUCUGUUCUUUUGACUUCUAGACUGAAAAUGUGUGAUAAUAAAUUGUGGAAGGUGUACUGCCACAAUUAUGAAAUUGUUAAGCUCUCUUGUGCAAACACUUUAAUUAGUAACAUUUGGGGUAUUCUUUUAUUGAUUGUAACUUGUGUUGUUCCAUUAAUUUUAAUAUUAUAUUCAUAUGUUAGAAUUCUUAUCGUUUGUCAUAGAAGCUCAUCACAGUUCAAGAGCAAAGCUUAUCAAACUUGUAUUCCACACAUAGUUAUCCUUUUAAAUUUCUCAGUUGCCAUUGUUUCUGAGAUCACCUUAAGCCGGUUUGUGAAUUUAGAAAUGCCAAUAGGGCUGUCUGUCCUUAUUUCAUUAGAGUUUAUUGUUGUACCACCCAUCCUCAACCCACUUGUUUAUGCGUUAAACUUUACUGAUAUUCGCAAAAAGAUUAUUUGCCUCAUGAAAGCAUCCAGGUAG